CACUGGGGGCCGCAGAGUGGAGAGGAGCGGACUGAUCCGGGAGGCUGGAGCGCGGCACAAGAUAAGAAUUGCACUGGAACCGACCUCUCUCCGUAACUGGAGAAUCACAAAUUUGCACACGGAGCACCUGCGACCAUAUUCUGCAAUAAACCGAGCGGCUUGUAUUAAACAGUAUGUCCGGCAGCACCAUAGCCAGGGUGCUGGUUGCGCUUUGUAUCGGGAGCGCGGUGAAUUGCAUGCCCAAAGGGACGCACAAGAGUCGGCGACAAGCGCUGCAGCAUCACGUCUCCUCAGUCUCUCAGGACGGUUGUAUAGAGAAUGGUAACCAUUAUGCCGAUAAUGAGCAGUGGGAACGGCCGUAUUUGGGCAGCAUUUUGGUCUGUACCUGCCAUGGAGCCACUUCAAGUAUCAAGUGCAAAAGCAAACCUGAAGAGGAAAGGUGCUACGAUAAGAUCAACCAGCAGUAUUACACUGUGGGAGAAACCUAUGAAAGACCCAAGGACAACAUGAUCUGGGACUGUACGUGUAUCGGAUCUGGGAGGGGCAAGAUCAGCUGCACCAUUGCCAACCGCUGUCACGAGGGUGGGGCUUCAUAUAAGAUAGGUGACACCUGGAGGAGACCCCAUGAAACAGGAGGCUACAUGUUGGAGUGUGUUUGUCUGGGUAACGGCAAGGGAGAGUGGACCUGCAAGCCUGUCGCUGAGCGUUGCUAUGACAACUCAGCGGGAACAUCCUAUGUUGUUGGGGAGACGUGGGAGAAGCCGUACCAGGGGUGGAUGGUGGUGGACUGCACCUGUCUGGGAGAGGGAAGUGGACGAAUCACAUGCACAUCCAGAAAUCGCUGUAACGACCAGGAUACUUUGUCCUCCUACCGUAUUGGAGAUACCUGGACCAAAACAGAUAGCCAAGGCCACACGCUCCAGUGUCUGUGCACAGGGAGUGGCAGAGGGGAGUGGAAGUGUGAGCGACAUGCUUCACUUCACACCACUGGCCUGGGCACUGGCUCCCGUGUGAUCACUAACAUCCAGCCUGCAGUCUACCAGCCUAGCACUGUACCUGAGCUUCCCCAGGAGGGACCCUGUCGGACGGAAGCAGGACUGACAUAUUUCAUUGGCCAGCGCUGGAUUAAGAAUCAGGGAACCCAGCAGAUGAUCUGUACCUGUCUUGGAAAUGGAAUCAGCUGUGAAGAGUGGAAUGGACCAGCUCCGGUCUACGGUGGCAACUCUGGAGGUCAGCCCUGUGUGUUUCCCUUUGUCUACAAGGGGAAGACCUACCACUCCUGUACCUCUGAUGGACGCAGUGAUGGACAGCUCUGGUGUUCCACCUCAUCUGACUUUGAAAAAGACCAGACAUAUUCUUUCUGCACAGAGAAGAAUGCAAUCGUGGCAACACGAGGCGGCAAUUCUAAUGGUGCCAUGUGCCAGUUCCCUUUCAUCUAUAAUGGCAGAAACUACACUGACUGUACUGCAGAGGGACGUAGAGAUGGCAUGAAGUGGUGUGGCACCACAACAAACUAUGAUGCAGAACAACGUUUCGGCUUUUGCCCCAUGGCUGCUCAUGAAGAAGUGUGUACGACCAGUGAAGGGGUGAUGUACCGUGUGGGAGACCAGUGGGACAAACGUCACGAUGUUCUGGGUCACAUGAUGAGAUGUACCUGCGUUGGCAAUGGCCGCGGAGAGUGGAGUUGUGUUGCUUACUCCCAGCUUAAAGACCAGUGUAUUGUGGAUGGUCUGACCUAUGAGGUGAACCAAACCUUCACCAAACAACAUGAGGAAGGCUACACGAUGAACUGCACCUGCUUUGGUCAGGGACGUGGCCGCUGGAAGUGUGAUGCCAUUGACCAGUGCCAAGAGCCAGAGACGAGAGCCUUCUAUCAGAUCGGAGAGUCUUGGGAUAAAGUCAUCCAUGGAAUCAUGUACAAGUGCUAUUGCUAUGGCAACGGCAUUGGAGAGCUUAGCUGCGAACCCCAGCAGUCCUACCCUGAUGGUCACCGCCCUGUCCAGGUGAUUAUAACAGAAUCUGGAAACCAACCCAACACCCACCCUAUUCAGUGGAACGCCCCACAGUCUGCUCACAUCACCCAGUACAUCCUCAAAUGGAGAGUGAAAAACACCCAAAGCCCAUGGAGAGAGGUGUUGAUCCCUGGCCAUCUUAACUCCUACACCAUCUCUGGUCUGAAGGCAGGCAUCACAUAUGAGGGCCAGCUGAUUAGUGUGCUGCGUUUUGGACGCCGAGAGGUCACACGCUUUGACUUCACCACCACCUACGGAUCACUGGCUGCAACACAAGGCGAGACCACCCAGCCUCCACCUGUGGUUGACACCUCAGAGUCGGUGACCGAAAUCACCUCCAGCAGCUUUGUCAUCUCCUGGGUUUCUGCUUCUGACACAGUUUCUGGAUUCAGAGUAGAGUAUGAGCUCACUGAGCAGGGACAGAGCACUGGACAACCCAUUGUGCUAGAUCUGCCCAGAACAACUACCUCAGUGAACAUUAAUGAGCUUCUACCUGGGAGGAAGUACACUGUCAACGUCUAUGAGGUUACAGAUUCUGGAGAGAACAACCUCAUUCUUUCUACUUCACAAAUCACUGCACCUGAUGCUCCUGUUGAGCCUGAAGUUGAGGAUGUAGGAGAAAGUUCUAUUGUCAUCAGCUGGGAAAAACCACUGGCUCCCAUCACUGGCUAUCGAGUCGUCUACACGCCAUCAAUAGAAGGCGAAAGCACAGAGCUGAAUCUCCCCGACACAGCAACAUCUGUGACUCUGAGUGACCUCCGACCUGGGAAGUUGUACAACAUCAGUAUCUAUGCUGUGGAGGACAGCCUGGAGAGUGAGCCUUACUUUGUACAGGUCAACACUGCUGGAGAUCCACUGCCAGAUGAAGUGACCUCUCCUACAGACCUGCAGUUCUUCGAGGUGUCAGAUAAGAAAAUCGUUCUAACCUGGACCGGCCCAACCAGCGACGUCUCGGGCUACCGUGUCACUGUGGUCCCUGUUGAUGAAUCUGGUGCUCCACAGAGGGAGAUGACGUUGCCUGUCAGCCAAAACUCAUACAUUGAAGUGUCACACUUGCAGCCUGGAACACUAUACCGCUUCAAUGUCUUCACCAUUCACAAUGGAGAGGAAAGUUUACCACUAAUUGGGGAGCAAACUACAAAGCCCGAUGCUCCCACAGAUAUCCAUUUCACUAAUGUGACAGAGGACAGUGCUGUGAUGUUGUGGUAUGCUCCCCGUUCCAAAAUCACCGGCUACAGACUCUUCCUCACCAUUGAGGGCUCGAACCCCAAGCAGCUGCGCCUGCCUGCCCGCUUUUCUCAGUACACCCUCCUCAACCUGAAGCCUGAUACACAGUACAGCGCUACGCUCCAUUCAGAGCAAGACAAUACACUGAGUGAAGGAGAGACUGCUGUUUUUACCACUAACCCACCAAUGGGCAACGCUCCUCAUUUCAGCACUGAUGUGACUGACACCUCCAUUAUAAUCUCCUGGACUCCAGUUCCCCGCAUUUCAUACAAGUUGACAGUACGUCCCAGUCAAGGCGGAGAAGCCCCCAGAGAUGUGACCUCUGACUCAGGGAGUAUUUACGUUUCCGGUCUGACUCCGGGAGUGGAGUACACCUACAGUGUCCAGCCAGUCAUAAACGGCCGUGAGCAGGGAACCCCAAUCACACGACGUGUUGUCACCCCUCUGUCUCCUCCUACUGAUCUCAACCUGGAGUCUAAUCCAGGCACUGGAGAGCUCACGGUGCAAUGGAGUGGGGCCAGUACACCAGACAUCACUGGCUACAGAGUAACAUGCACUCCCACCAAUGGGCAGCAAGGAAACAGUGUGGAGGAGUUUGUGGAGGCAGGACAGAACUCUUGCACUCUGGAGAACCUCAGUCCAGGAGUGGAGUACAACAUCAGUGUUUUUACUGUCAAGGAUGACAUGGAGAGCACUCCUAUAUCAACUACUAUUACACCAGAUAUCCCACAGUUGACGGACCUCACCUUCAAGGACGUGAGCGACACCACCAUCAGUCUUCUCUGGACACCGCUCAACACCACAGCCAUCACUGGUUACAGGAUCACUGUGGUGGCAGCCGGCGAGAGUGUACCCAUCUUUGAAGACAUGGUAGUGCCGACGACCGGUCAAUAUACUGUCUAUGGACUGGAGCCUGGUAUCGACUAUGACAUUAGUGUGAUCACCGUUACGGAGAAUGGCGAGAGCGAGCCCACCACUGUCACUCAGCAGACCUCUGUACCAGCCCCCACUGAUUUGGGCUUUGGCCAGGUUGAGUCAGACAGUAUAGAAGUCACCUGGGUCUCUCCCCAUGUCCCCAACCCUGCUGACAUCAACAACUUCCUCGUCAGGUAUCAUCCCAUUGAUGAUGAAGAUGAGAUUACAGAAACUAGCGUACCAGGCGGGAGUAACAGUGUGGUGCUGAGGAACUUGCUGCCUAACACAGAGUAUCUGGUGAGCGUGGUGUGUGUUUAUGAGCAGAGAGAGAGCUCGCCUGUUGUUGGUAACCAGAAGACAGCUCUGGAUUCACCAGUUGGCCUGCGUUUCUCUGAGAUCUUCACCAACUCCUUUACCAUCCACUGGCUUGCUCCCCAGAGUAAAAUCACUGGUUACCGUAUCCGUUACCAGAUGGUCAGCGGAGGAAGGGCCAAGGAUGAGAGGCUGCCCCCCUCUAGAAGCCACUACACCCUGACAGGACUUACUCCAGACACAGACUACUUGGUCAACAUCUAUGCUGUGAGCAGGACAGAAGAGAGUUUGCCACUCAGUGGGACCCAGAAGACAAUCUCUGAUGCUCCCACAGACCUGCAAGUGCUAGAAUCCACCCCCACCAGCAUCACUGUCCUCUGGGAUCCCCCUCCCGUCACUGUGCGCUACUACAGGAUCACUCAUGGAGAGACAGGAGGUCACAGUAACCCUAAGGAGUUCACAGUGCCUGGCUCUCAGUCGACUGCUACAAUCAGUAACCUGAAGCCUGGUACCGACUACAUCAUCACAGUCUAUGCUGUGACUGGUAGAGGAGACAGCCCCGCAUCCAGCACUCCAAUCUAUGUCACACACAAGACAGUUGUCGAGUCUCCCUCUGACAUGGAGGUGAUGGACGUGAAAGACAACAGUGUCACAGUGAGGUGGAGCCCCGCCCAAGGCCCAAUCAAGGGAUACAAGGUGACUGGAGUCCCCAAAAAUGGAGAGGGACCGUCUUUCACUGAAGUGGUUGCUCCAGAUCAGACAGAAAUUACUUUCUCAGGACUGAUGCCCACAGCAGAGUACAUUUUGAGUGUGUAUGCUCUUGGACAAGAUGGAGAGAGCUCUCCUUUGGUUGUGAAUGCUUUAACAAAUGUAGACCAUCCCAAGGACCUGGCCUUCUCAGACAUCGACUCCACCUCACUGAGAAUCACCUGGGACAGUCCUGAGGGAAUUGUUACAUCUUACCGGGUCUUAUAUUCAAGUGCAGAGGAGGGUGAAAGAGAGCUGCGCCCUGCUCCCAGAGGAGAUGCUGAGUCCACUACUAUCUAUGGUCUGCAGCCCGGCACUGAAUACACUGUGAAGGUCAUAGCUCUGCACGAUGACACAGCCAGCACACCACUGGUGGGGACACAAGCUACAGCCAUCUCAGCUCCCACCAACCUCAAGUUCACCCAGGUUGGCCCUACUUCUUUCACUAUGCACUGGGCUGUGCCAGGUCAGGAAAACCGAAUUAAUGGCCUACCAGGUCUCACAGGCUACCGUGUGGUUGUGAAUCCAAAGAAUAAGAGUGGUCCUACUAAGGAGAUCAACUUGGCCCCAGACACCACACAAGCACACAUCUCUGGACUCAUGGUUGCAACUAACUAUGAAGUCAAUGUUUAUGCCUUGAAAAACUCUCUGACCAGCAGACCAGUCCAAGGAGAGGUCACCACUCAAGAGAAUAUCAGCCCCCCUCGUCGCGUACGUAUCUCCGACGUUAAAGACUCCUCCAUCACUCUGACCUGGCGCUCCAAGACCGAAACCAUCUCUGGCUUCCUAGUUGAGGCCACACCCACUAUCUCCUCAACAGGCUACAUACCCAUUCAAAAGACUAUUGGCCCUGAAUUGCGUUCAUACACUAUUACAGGUCUGGAACCAGGCACCAAUUACAAGAUCAACAUCUAUACACUGACCGGGAAUGGACGCAGUGCACCUUUCACACUCACUGCCACAACAGCCAAACCUGUGGUCAUCCCACCCACCAACAUCCGCUUCACUUCCCUGAACCCCAACAGCAUCUCUUUCACCUGGGAGCCAUCACGCAGUCCAGGUGUUACUGGGUAUUACGUCACCUAUGAGGAGGCUGGGGGUUUGCCUCGAGAACUUACCCCCAGACCUCAUGCAGGCCAGAGCUACGCCAUUAUCAGUGGUCUGAAACCAGGAACAGAAUAUGUCAUUAAGAUUGUCGCCCUGCAGAAUGCUUUGAGAAGCACACCUCUAGUGGGCAAAGCCAGAACACAGCCUGCUACAGAUCAUCUUCUGGUCCCCGAGCUACCACAGCUUCCUGUUCCUCACCGACCAAGCACUGACAUCCUGGAUGUUCCACAGACCUUUGAUGAUAAGAUUUUUGACUCCAACCAUGUCCACUUGGCUGGCACUAGUGGUCAGGCCCAACCAGGCCAGCAGGGCCAGCACAUCUAUACAGAGUACCAGAACCUGGGACCUAAUAACAGAUUUAAUGGCCCCUAUGGUGGACCAAAAGAAGGCCAGAGACCGACUCUAAGAGAACCCUUGGUUUAUAUUCCUGUAGCAGGCCCUGAUGGAAACAGAGUACCAUUGGUCAAGGUGAGUGAUGGUUCUCUGCCUGGUCUAGCAUUUGGUUUCCCUGACAAUGAAACCGAGUUGCCCCAAGAAGCACAGACAGUCACAACCAUCUCUUGGCAACCCAUUCCUGAGACUUCAGAGUAUGAGGUGUCAUGUAACCCUAUUACACACCUGGAGGAAAGAGGCUUCCAGAUGCAUCUUCCUGGCACCUCCAACAGUGCCACACUGAUUGGAUUGACAUCUGGAGCUUCCUAUAACGUUGUAGUAGAGGCCAUGAAGGGCGGGGCUAAAGAGAAGGUUUUGGAGGAAGUCGUGACCGUUGGCAAUGCCGUUCCAGGUGACAUCCCCAUUACGACCAACCGGGAUGUGUGUUACGACACAUUCACACAAACCUACCAUGAGGUGGGCUCAGAGUGGGAGCGUAUGUCUGAGACUGGCUUCAAGCUGUGGUGCCGCUGCCUGGGGCUGGGCAGUGGUCAUUUUAGGUGUGAUUCAUCCAAGUGGUGUCAUGACAAUGGUAAUAACUACCGCAUCGGCGAGAAGUGGGAUCGCCAUGCUGAGAACGGUCAAAUGAUGAGCUGCACCUGCCUGGGCAACGGCAAGGGAGAAUUCAAAUGUGAACCUCAUGAGUCGACAUGUUAUGAUGAUGGAAAAAUGUACCAAGUGGGAAACCAGUGGCAGAAGGAAUACCUGGGUGCAAUCUGUACCUGUACCUGCCAUGGAGGACAACAGGGCUGGCGUUGUGAGAACUGCAGAAGGCCAGGAGGACACACUGAGGUGGACGCUGACCUCCUUCAACCUGUUAGCUCAGAUGUCUUCGACCGGUACAGAGAAAACGCUCUGCGUAAACUGAACAUCCAAUGUCCAAUUGAAUGUUUGAGGCCAGACCUGCUUGCAGACGCUCACAGCCCCUCAGAGUAGAGAAGAGGGUAGCAUAAGUAAAGGAGGAUGAAGAAGUGAGACCCCUUACAGCAUCGCUACCACUUCAAGAAGGAAGCCUCCUCCUGCUUCCCUUUUUUUAAAAGAAGAAAUUUCCAUGAGAUCUGUGCCUUUUUUUAAAAAAGGUUUUUCCCUCACCAAAUUUAAGUGCCUUAAUAAGACUUUUUUUCUACAUCGACCUCUGUGCCUUUUCAAAGAUCUCUCCAACUUUUCAUGUUCGUUGGAUCCUUUCUUAUUCAGUAGAAACAAGGAUGUCUUCUUCCAAUGAACACCAAUCUGUCAGAGCACAAAUCCUGCUGCUUUAUCACCUUAAACCUGCCAACCCCAAACAUACUGUUCACACACACACACACACAGGCACACAUAUACAUACACCAUAUGCAGUAUUGUUGCGUAUUUUUUACUGUUGCAUUAGGACUUAUUUUUAUUAAAACAUUCCACCUUCCUUUGACCAAGCCAAAAACACACCACUACAAAUGAUUUUAUAUGAUUGUCUUCCUGAUAUGUCUCACUGUGACUAAUAUAUAUUUAGAGAACAUUUAGUUAAUGAUAGAGAUGAGUCGUGAGGACGCGGUGUUAAUUUUAAAACAAUCACAAAGCCAUAUAGUAUUUCCAUCACUUCCCAAGACCUAGACAGAUCAGUCACAGUCUGAUCUAAAUAAAAUUGAGUUACAAUUUUUUAUCAACUUGAAUCAUUAUUCUUUGCAAUGAGGGGGAUUACAGUUGGAAAAGCUGUACAAUACUUAAGGUAUCCCGUCUGUUUCUCUGUAUGUCCAUAUAUUUUGAACAGGGCAAUGGUUCAAUCAAAAUUCAAAACAACAAAUUUUCCUGAAAAAGAUAAGCACUGUUACUUUUGUGUUGGUAUUAAAAACAUUGCCUAGAAUAUCAGUAUAGGCUCUUGAAGUCACCAUGUAGAUGUGAUUCUGUGAUUUGUAAAAUGGGUGUUUUUAAAGUACCUCUAAAAUUAAAAUUUCAAAAGCUGACUGACCCAUAAGUUAAACUGUCAUUUUAAAAAAAAACUCACCAUUAUUUCUAAGUGAAAUACACGUUAGUUACAUAAAUGUUUGUAUUAUUUUUUUUUCUCAUUUCUUUUAUUUAUCCCUUUUUAUUCAGGCAUUUGUUCAAUGCUUUUUUGGGGUGUACACUUUAUUUUUGAUUAACUUGUUUUUAUAUUGUUGGUGCCAAAAUCUGAACUACUGUGGACUCUUUUUAAUAAACUGAAAAAAAUCCAAACCAA